UCUCAGGCAGCGGACACACGUGGAUCCAGAAGUUUGUUGCGUAGUUGUCAACCUCACUAGACAACAUGUCGAGGAGGUUGAGAUCUGUUCCCGAAGCUGCCCACACGGAGGUGAAGAUGGAGGUAAAAGAGGAGGAGGUGGAGGUGAAGGAGGAGGUGAAGGUGGAGGUGAAGGAGGAAGAGGAGGAAGUCCAGGAGCCGCCGCCGGAGACCAGGAGAACCCGCAGCGGCCGCAGGGUUCGCACUCCGGCCGCCCUGCUGGACUCCGAGGAGCCGCCGAGGACUCCCAGCAGGAGGACCAGGAGGACGGUGCUCCAGGAGCUGCCGGCGGUGGAGGAGACGAACACCGGGGAGCCAGAGCACAAACCCGAGGCUGUGGCCGAGGAGAAGCCCCUCGUUCCCGCUGCCCCGGAGCCCUGCGCCGGGGCAGAAGCAGCCGGAGGAGACGUGCAUGUUCCCAGGCCUGCAGCAGCAGCGGAGACGGUCCCAGUCGGCCCAGUGACCGUCCCAGUGACUGUCCCAAAGAAGAAGGCCCCGAGUGUGAAGCAGAAUCCGGUCAUUCCGCUGGGGAGGCCCAAAUCUGGAAGAGUGUGGAAGGACCGCAGCAAACAGAGGUUCUCUGCGUUGCUCAGGGACAAGCCGCUGUGCACCUCUUGGAAGAGGAAGAUGCAGAACAAGCAAGAUAAGGACAUGGUGAAAAAGUUUACUACGCAGCUCAAAGACGACAAGGCCAAACAGAAGGAGGAUAAGAGGAAACGGAGAGAGGACAACUUAAAACGACGCACGGAGAACGAACGCAAAUCCGAGAUUGUGCAAGUGAUCCGGAACACAGCAAAGAUCAAGAGGAUGAAGAAGAAGACACUCAGAAAAAUCGAGAAAAGAGACACACUGGCUCUGCUGCAGAAGACACAGAAGCAGAGAGUCAAAGCCAAAGAACAAAAGAACCCCGUCAAAGAUUUAACCUAAAGACUGAGAAAAUAACAAUGCACCUGUUCAGCAUUUUGUGUAAAUGUCUCAUAUUUGAUGUCUGGAAAUACAGCAAACGCUAUCAGACAUAUUUCUCAAAAGAGGCUUAAUUCUUACAUUGACUCAAGAAAGUUUUUUUAAAACACAUUUCUUGCAGACAAUCCAGUAUGUGUGAUGUCACCGCUACAAAAGCCUUACACAGACACCAGUUUAAAAUCCCAAAAAAGGGGGAAACGGCUGAAUAUUUUGAAAAAAUUAAGAUUUGGAAAAAGAAAAAAAUGUAAACACGAUGUCCUGAAAGAGCUGAAUCUGUUGAUGGUUGAAUGAUUACAAUUGGUUGAAGUAUGCAGGAGGUGAUAGUGGAUCGUGAGAAGGAUCAUGUGGCUGCAGUCAGCAUUCACACUCAGAAAGUCACAGUCCCAGAUAAGAAAACAGUAACAACUACCUUGUAACAUGAUGUUCAAUAGUUAUGAAUAAACAAUCUUUUUGCACGUUAA